CUCUGAACCGGUUUUGUUUUGGUGAUUUUUCUUUUUCUUUUUUUUUUUUUUAUGUUUUCCCUCUAUCUUUGGAACUUUGCCGCUGCAUUAUCGUCCUAGUCUGUUGUUGCCAUAACGACGUGUCAAGCUUUUCACCGUACCGCCAUGGAAGAGCCAACAGCUCCGAAAAGUCCGCUGCAAGUGAUUGUUUAUACAAACUGUUUGCCACGGGAGUGUCAAUUCGUCACCAAGGACGCUGCCAACCAUGCCGAAUUAACGGCAGAAUUUCCGCCUGUAACCGUCACCGACCUCUUGUCGCACCCCAUCCGCAGGCGCACUCGUGGUGUCCAGGCGGCUGGAGGAUCCAAGACCGGAAGUUCACAGACUAUGCUGAAUUAUCCAAGACAUGCCACGAGCCAGUACGAAGCGAGACAGUUUAAUCAACAAGAAAUCGAUCAUCACUUAUCUUCCGUUGGCUUCCAAACAUUCCUUAGUAAAGCUUCGUUGCGAGUCGAACGCGUGCUGGUAGAGAACUGCCUAUUCAAUCCAUUCAACGAUCAUGUGAGCAAACUUGUUUGUUCGGAUGACAGUCGGGAUCCAAUGAAAGCAAAUGACAGCCCACGAAAAUCACCAGUGAAAAGUCAGCGAUGGACCGCUCGAGCUCCUCGACGCUUGAUGCAUCAAGGAGAAUUGUGUGAAGGCAAAUUCGUUUCGUCUCUUCAUUGUCAUCCGACUUUCCCUGGAAUCGUUGCGGCUGGUUACGCGUCUAAAAUCCAGAUGGAACACAGACAACUUUUCCGAGAUUCAAGUCGAAACAACGGUCGCCAUUUCGCCAUCAUCUGGAAGACUUCCCAAUUGCUGGAACCGACAAUUAUUUUGGAAGCGCCUGAUGAUAUUCUGGCCAUCCGUUUCAACAAUCAACAUCCAUACAUUCUGGCUGCAUCCUGUCAUUCGGGCAUGAUCGUCGUUUGGGAUGUUUCGAGUCACGCAAUGCUCUUAAAAGGUCCCAAAAACAAAUGGCAACAAGUCCGUCAGAAAGAAGCCACCCCAAUUGUCGUUCCCGUAGCUGCAACUUUGGAAAACUACCCGUGUACUAGCAGACGCAUCGAAUGGACUACCGGUUCCGUUGAGUUUUCGGCUAAAGGACCCGUAGGACUCACUGCCAAUCGAAACAUCUGGCAAUUGUACAGUUGCUAUGAUGGAUUCAUGACUGUAUGGGACGCCAGGUUGAUAGACGAAAAUAUCAAACCCACUACGAUUCCCAUUCCCCGCUUGCCCAGUCGCGUUCGACCCGCUUUCAAGAUAUUUCCCAUUGUGAAAGAUAAACGACGUGAUGUGGCCAUCACAUGUUUCACGAUGAUCGACCAUUCGGAGAAAAAGGCACACUCGCGUCUUUCAGAGUUGGCUGUUUAUCCGCCAAUUUGCAUCGCUGGAACUGAGGAGGGAGAGAUUUUCAUCAUGGAUUGGAGAAACUAUUCUGACAUGGAACGCGGCGCAGCUUGCACGGCAAAUUUGUGCAUCGCCUUUCACGACGGUCCUGUCGUCGAUAUCAUUCCAGCUCCUCAUAUUUCGAAUACGGUAUUAUCCAUCGGAGGUAGGAUCUGGGCACUCUGGAAGUCUGUCGAACUGGAAGGCCCUGUAUUAGAACUGGCUCCAAGGCCGGUAACGAUCCAAUCAGCCGCUUGGUCACCGUGGCAAACUUCGGUGGUAGCCAUCGGAUUGGCGGACGGUCUAGUGGAAAUUUGGGAUAUUGUCAUUUCUACAUCGAGACCACAACGGCAAAUGCGCAUUUCUAGAUCGGCCAUUACGGCCAUUGGUUUCGGACGGGACGAAGAAGGAACGUAUAUCGCCAUAACAGAUGCAGAUGGAACGGGUAAAAUUACUUUGCUGCCUUUUUAUACCAAGAGUUUAUGCCCAGGCGUGCGAGAGCUGACAAAGGUUGAAACUUUUGUGGAUAAAGAGGUACGACAUCGCUUAUCAAUGGCGCAAAUGCUACAGCCAAGUACGGCUACCCCAGCGAUCCCCUUGCCUGAACCUCAGUUACUCUACAACAGUCGAGAAGCAUAUUUUGAAGAUUUUAAGAUUCUCGAGAAAAAGAUACUAAAAGAUGUCGGUGAAAUAUGAAAGGAAAUAAACGAAUUGAACGUUA